ACUAUCACUUUAGAUCUACCGUAAUAAGUCAUGUGUAAACAAGACGGUAUAUGAAUUUCGUUAAUUAAGCGGGACACAACUGAUUACUAUAUUUAAGUAUGCUCCUGAAAGAAUACAGAAUUUGCAUGCCUCUUUCUGUGAAAGAAUACAGGAUAGGUCAAUUAUAUAUGAUUGCAAAACAUAGUCUGGAACAGAGUGAAAAAGGUCAAGGUGUAGAAGUAAUAGCAAAUAAGCCUUGUCAUGAUCCAAAACACGGAGAUGGCCAGUAUACGGAGAAAAGAAUACAUUUAUCAAAAUUUUCUAUUGCCAUCGAAACAGCUUAUGAAGAUAACCCAGGAACAACUGAAAAUUGUAUAAACUUAGAAGACGACGAUCUCGCUAAACGCGAAAUAGUUCACAUAGAUAUUGUCCAUGAUCAAUACCCAGAUAAACAUUACAAAAAAGAAGAAGAUCCUAAGAAUUUCCAGUCGAAGAAGACUAACCGUGGACCGAUUAGUGAGAAAAACUGGAGGGAAACUCAUCAGCCCAUAAUGUGCUCCUAUAAGGUUGUUAAGGUCUUUUUCGAAGUUUGGGGUUUUCAGACUCGAGUGGAGCAGUACGUUCAUUCAUGUAUUCAAGAAAUACUACUUGUAGGACAUAGACAAGCUUAUGCUUGGAUCGAUGAAUGGGUCGGAAUGACUAUGGAAGACUUACGAAAAUAUGAAAAAGACAUGCAUGACUGCACAAAUCGAAAAGUCUUAGAAGAUACUGAAAUUGCACCAAAUGAAGGAGCAGCGCUCUAA